UCCCAGCCAAGUGCACGCCGCCCGGCGCCAUAUAACACCAAGAACCGGGGUCGGGAGAGAGAGAGAGAGGAAUCCGCCUUCUUCUGCUUCUGCUUCUGCCUGCCUGCCUGCCGCACACCGCAGCUGCCGCUCCCACCACACCCAUCGCAACAACUCCGCAUCUGCAUCUCAGCAGCCUCAUCGCCGUCGGCCGCCCUGCAGCACCGAGUCCUGCCACCGCCAUCGAUCGAUCUCUUCUUCCGGUGCCACCAGCAAGCCAAGGGAAGGAUUCGGCAUCUCCUUCGAUCCGUCCCGGCUGCCGUCUUGAGUCCUCACCGGAUCGGAUCUGUACUGGGUUUUCAACAAGGAGGAGGAAACACCUUAGGGAAUGCAGAAAGAUGUGCUUGCAUGUUGAAGAGCUACCUUGUGAGGGACUUGGCAGGGUAGCACACCAUAUUGAUUCUUUGCCGGCUCUUGAUGACCUUGCAGCUCAAGAGUACACGCAUCUUCUCCUACUUGUGCUUCCGCACAAUGGGGUUCGAUGUGGCGGCUCAACCGUCUUCUUAGAUCACCAUCUUGGGGGAGACGGUUGAAGUCUUCGCACUCUCAGCCUCUUUGCUAGUUCCUUUCCAGUCAAGGAUAAGUAAGUGCUCUUUGUGUGCAUAGCAUACUACGGCACGAUGGUGGAACAUAAAGGAAAUGUUCUCAUGCACAAGUAUGAGAUGGGGAAAUUGCUUGGUCAAGGGACCUUUGCCAAGGUUUACCAUGCUCGCAACACUAAGACUUCUGAAAGUGUCGCGAUCAAGGUGAUUGACAAGGACAAGGUUAUGAAAGUUGGGCUCAUUGAUCAAAUCAAGAGAGAAAUUUCUGUUAUGAAGCUUGUAAGACAUCCCAAUAUUGUGCAACUCUAUGAGGUCAUGGCUACCAAAACCAAAAUAUACUUUGUGUUGGAGCAUGUUAAAGGUGGAGAGCUCUUUAAUAAAGUGCAGCGAGGAAGGCUCAAGGAAGAUGCAGCGAGGAAGUACUUUCAACAGCUGAUUUGCGCAGUGGACUUCUGUCACAGCAGGGGUGUUUAUCAUCGAGAUUUGAAACCAGAAAAUCUUUUGCUCGAUGAGAAUAGCAACCUAAAGGUGUCGGAUUUUGGUCUAAGUGCACUUGCUGAAUGCCAAAGACAAGAUGGCCUGCUCCAUACAACCUGUGGCACGCCUGCUUAUGUUGCUCCAGAGGUGAUUAACAGAAAGGGGUAUGAUGGUGCAAAGGCCGACAUAUGGUCCUGUGGGGUCAUCCUUUUUGUGCUAUUGGCCGGUUAUCUUCCAUUCCAUGACAAGAACUUAAUGGACAUGUAUAAGAAGAUUGGGAAAGCAGAGUUCAAAUGCCCGUGUUGGUUUUCUACCGAUGCCCGGAGGCUUUUGCUAAGGAUUCUUGAUCCUAACCCCAGCACAAGGAUCUCAAUGGAAAAAAUCAUGGAAAAUCCAUGGUUUAGGAAGGGCUUAGAUGCAAAGCUGCUUAGGUAUAAUUUACAGUCUAAGAAUGCCCCUCAGGUAGACAAGAAUGCAGAUUCUGAUUCACUAAGCAUCAACAUAACAGCAGAGAGCAAGCAACAAGAAGAAAAGAAGCCUACCAACAUGAAUGCAUUUGAUAUAAUAUCUCUAUCAACUGGUUUGGACCUCUCAGGUUUAUUUGAAGAAUCUGACAACAAGAGAGAAUACAAAUUCACAUCCACCAACACAAGCUCAACAAUCGUAUCAAAGAUCGAAGAUGUUGCGAAGAAUUUGCGAUUGAAGUUGACAAAAAAGGAUGGUGGUUUGUUAAAGAUGGAAGCUUCAAAGCCUGGAAGGAAAGGGGUGAUGGGUAUCGAUGCUGAGAUAUUUGAGGUUAGCCCAAACUUUCAUCUUGUGGAGAUAAAGAAGACGAAUGGCGACACUCUAGAGUAUCAAAAGGUCUUGAACCGAGAAAUGAGGCCUGCACUAAAGGACAUAGUAUGGGCUUGGCAAGGUGAGCAAUCAAAGCAGCAACAAACUAUGAUCUAGUGCAACGUUUUAUUAGGCAAUUUCCAAUCUUUCAUGUAUUUGUGUAGUUCUCACUUUUUCAUUAUUCAUUUUUGUUCCCCUUGUAUUAUCAACAUAAACUUGUGUUAUCGUCCAAGGACAGAAUUAUUUUGAAGUCAUGUUUAUGCUAUUAUAAGAGUUUGCUUUAGUGUUGA